AUGGAAGCUAAAAGAGGACUUCGCCACGGGGAUCCAAUAUCACCUAUCCUUUUUGUUAUUGUGAUGAAGUACUUGCAUAGGAAGAUGCAAAUGCUUGGUAAAAUACCCAAUUACAAUUAUCACUCGAUGUGUGAAAAAGCUAGCAUCAUAGAUGUCAGUUUUGCUGAUGAUUUAUUAGUCUUUACGCGAGGAGAUAUGAAGUCUGUGGAGCUGGCAAUGAAUAUGUUUGCUGAAUUCUCCAAAGCCACAAGCCUCAAAGUGAAUCCCAAUAAAUGCCAAGUUUAUUUUGGGGGGCUGGAUGACAGUAUGAAGGAGGAGAUCAGAAGAGUGACUGGUUUCAAAGAGGGGAAGCUCCCGUUUCAGUACCUGGGGAUCUCCCUCACAAGUAAAAGGAUGAACACCCAUCACUAUAUGUGCUUGAUUGAGAAUAUAGUCAGUAGAAUCAAACACUGGAGCGUAAACUUCUUGAGUUAUGCUGGCCGGCUUCAACUCAUAAGGAGUGUCCUAUUUGCAAAAACAAAAUAUUGGUUGAGUUGCUUGCCCUUGCCCAAGAGUAUAAUGAAGAAGCUUAAUUGCUAUUUGUGUACGUUUUUAUGGACAAGUCAAGGAGACAUGAAGAGAAAAUCCCCCGUUGCUUGGAAGACUGUUUGUGCGCCAAAAAACAGGGGUGGUCUCAACAUGAUAUCGAUUGAAAAGUGGAAUCAAGCUCAGUUGAUAAAACAGUUGUGGAACCUUAGCCAAAAGAGUGACAACUUGUGGGUGAAGUGGGUACAUACAUACUACAUCAAGAAGGACAUUGCCAUGACAGUUGGUAUUAAAACUGGGUGCUCUUGGAUUUUGAAAGCAAUCCUGAGCCCAAGACAGAUUGUUCAAAAUAUGAACUGUUGGCAUAUUGUGCAGCAGAAAAUCAAAGUAAGGGAGAUCUACAAUGAAAUGGUAGAGCUGCAACCAAAGUUUACUUGGAGAACUCUUUUCAUGAACAAUCUAGCAAGACUGAGGGCCUGCUUUGUAGUUUGGAUGGCAUGCCACGUGAAAUUAGCAACAAAAGAGCGUUUAUGUCGUAUGGGUCUGAUAAACAAUGAUGAAUGCGUGUUCUGCUCCCAAAAAGAAACAUUGAAUCAUCUGUUAUUUACGUGCCUAGGUAUUAAACCAAUCUGGAAUCAGGUGCUGAGUUGGAUUCAGAUUAGACAUGAUCCUGGCGAAUGGAAGGAUGGACUAAAGUGGGUGAUUCAAACUAGUAAGGGGAAGGGAUGGAAAACCCAUGUGUUAAAAAUUGCUUUCAUAGAGACCACGUAUGCUUGCUGGAAGUAUAGAAACGAACGUUGUUUUAACUCGACAGAACAUAACAGAAAUAUAGUUCAAGAUAUUAUAGAUGUUAUAGUUUAUAGAUGUUGGGGAUAUCCUAAGAUCAAAAAGCACAUUUCUCACCUUAUAGUUUGA